GAUAAAACAAAACAUGAAGCACCAUAGAAACUUUAGUUAUGAAAAUCAUGUGGAUAGUUCCAAUAGAAAUUAUCCAAAUCAAGAAGUUAAUGGGUUCAUCGAAUCUAUCAAAAUAGUGAAGAGAAAAUAAGCUAUUAGCAAAUAAUUUAUACCAAGUUUAUUCAAAAAUUGAAAUUGCUUCUCCAUACAAGAACAAUUCUGAUAUCAAGAGAUUAUCAUUUUCAAAUCAUGGAAGGGUAAAUUCAUCUUCCUUAGAUAUCAAAGUCUCAAAAUCUAAGAAAAAGAAAUAAAGGAAAACCACGAAUGAAGAGUAAUGCUAGUCUAUCUCGAACAAAGACUGUAAUCCUAACUAAAGAGAAGCCUGCUGAGCCUUCUUGUGAUGACAUGAUUGAUUCAUCUCCUGAGUUCCAACUGUGCUCGAUUAAUCAUAAAGAUCCUCCAGAGAAAAAUUUUGAUUUUUUCCUUACUCAAGGUCCUAAAAAGUGUCUAAAAAUGUUUAAGAACAAACAUAGCCGGAAACUUGGGCCUAAAAGGUGCCUCAAAAAUAUGAAGAAUUCAGCUUUUGUAAAGAACCCCAGAGCUAAGAAAUUCUUUAAUAAAUAAAAGCGCUCUAAUGACUAGGAUGCAAGAUAAUUCCAAAAGCAAGAGCAUCAGAAAUGUGACUGAAAAACUCAGGUUCCUUGACCAAGCUAGCAGUGGGUAUUUUGAACCCCAAUAUGACUCUAUCUUCAUGGAUUACAAUAAUAUGACAUUGAGUGAGAAUUCUUCAAGUGUGUUCAACCUGAAGCAGACCCAAGUCAAGCCAAGUGUGAGGCUUAAGAAGACCAAACCAAAGCAGCCCUUGUUAAAAUUUUGGAAUAACGCACUUUUAGAAAAAGUUUACUUAAAGAAGCAGAAGCCGAUCAGAGCUAAAUCAGCUUUGUUAAAAAGUAGAAAGGCAAAAGCAUUUAAUUGAUAAUCAAGCAUUAAAAUA